AUGGUAUCCAUCUGUGAGGUGAACGCCAUACAUGUGCAAGGCAAGCAUUCGGAACAACUUUGCACACCCGACAAGGCUGUCACACGGGUAUUGGAAACAAUGCGGCUCCGAUUGGCCAAUGCAGUAACGGCUUUGGCCGCCGAUCCACACCAAACUCAGCACACGGGCGGGCUUGGAUAA